UUUCAUUUUUUUUUUAACGAAAUUAAGAGAAGAGAAAUUGCUCAGAAAGAAAGAAAGAAAGAGGAGAAGAAUCAUCGCAGCCUGCCAUGGCCGCAUCAGCCAAUCUCGGGAGCCUGAGAUCGACGACGACGUCGCUGUUUUUUACAAAUCGGCCAUUCUCUUUGUCCAUGUUAAGAAGCUCUCUCGUAUUAAGGACAUGUCUUAUUAAGCCCACACCUCUCCGGCUCGUCGUGUCGUGGCCACCGCACCACGGCUCUUCCGUGAGGGCCAUGUCAUCAUCGUCAUCUUCCUUGGAGGAGACAGUUAAAACGACUGUAGCAGAAAACCCUGUGGUUGUCUACUCCAAAUCCUGGUGCUCAUACUCGUCGGAAGUGAAGUCGUUGUUCAAUGGGCUUCAAGUUAAGCCACUCGUUAUUGAACUCGAUGAACUUGGUGCAGAGGGGUCGCAGCUGCAGAAUGUCUUGGAGAAACUCACUGGACAAUUCACUGUUCCUAAUGUUUUCAUCGGAGGCAAGCACAUUGGUGGCUGCUCAGAUACGUUGCAGCUGUACAAUAAAGGAGAGCUCGAGCCAAUGUUAGCUGCGGCCAAUGCCAAAACCGGUCAGACCUAGAGAUGAAACUGGUUGGAGAUUUGGUUACGUUUCCUUUUUGUUUGAUCAGAACCUCUGAAUUAAAAUUCUUGAAGUUGAGAUGAUUUGGCGUUUUAACGUCUGCGUAGAGAUUUCAUAAGAACCUAUUGUACGUCUUUUCCAUGGAAGUAGAAUAAAUAAACAGGCAUGCUGGUUUCUGUUA